ACAGGCCUUUGGAUGAGAAAUCGCUGACGGGAGCCGAAGCCCACCUUCUCUGUGUGCUGGGGAACAGGGCUGCACAGCCCCAGUGGCACCCAUGCCGAAGAACAGCAAGGUGACACAGCGCGAACACAGCAAUGAGCAUGUCACCGAGUCCGUGGCUGACUUGCUGGCCCUCGAGGAGCCUGUAGACUAUAAGCAGAGUGUACUGAAUGUGGCCGGCGAGACAGGUGGCAAGCAGAAGGCAGCGGAGGAGGAGUUGGAUGCAGAGGACCGGCCGGCUUGGAAUAGCAAAUUGCAGUACAUCCUGGCCCAGAUUGGCUUUUCUGUGGGGCUUGGCAACAUCUGGAGGUUCCCCUACCUGUGCCAGAAAAAUGGAGGAGGUGCCUACCUGGUGCCAUACCUGGUGCUGCUGAUCAUUAUUGGCAUCCCCCUCUUCUUUCUGGAGCUGGCUGUGGGCCAGAGGAUCCGCCGUGGCAGCAUUGGUGUGUGGCACUACGUGUGCCCCCGCCUGGGGGGCAUCGGCUUCUCCAGCUGUAUUGUCUGCCUCUUCGUUGGGCUGUACUACAAUGUGAUCAUUGGGUGGAGCGUCUUCUACUUCUUCAAGUCCUUCCAGUACCCGCUGCCCUGGAGUGAGUGUCCUGUCGUCAGGAAUGGAACUGCGGCAGUGGUGGAGCCCGAGUGUGAGAAGAGCUCAGCCACUACCUACUUCUGGUAUCGAGAGGCCUUGGACAUCUCCAACUCCAUCUCAGAGAGUGGGGGCCUCAACUGGAAGAUGACACUCUGCCUCCUUGUGGCCUGGAGCAUCGUGGGCAUGGCUGUAGUCAAGGGUAUCCAGUCCUCUGGAAAGGUAAUGUAUUUCAGCUCCCUCUUCCCCUACGUGGUGUUGGCCUGCUUCCUGGUUCGGGGGCUGCUGCUGCGAGGGGCAAUUGAUGGCAUCCUGCACAUGUUCACUCCUAAGCUGGACAAGAUGCUGGACCCCCAGGUGUGGCGGGAGGCAGCCACCCAGGUCUUCUUCGCCCUGGGGCUGGGCUUCGGAGGUGUCAUCGCCUUUUCCAGCUACAACAAACAGGACAAUAACUGCCACUUCGAUGCUGCCCUAGUGUCCUUCAUCAACUUCUUCACCUCGGUGUUGGCCACCCUCGUGGUGUUUGCUGUGCUGGGCUUCAAAGCCAACAUCAUGAAUGAGAAGUGUGUGGUCGAGAACGCUGAGAAAAUUCUAGGGUACCUCAACUCCAACGUCUUGAGCCGCGACCUCAUUCCACCCCACGUCAACUUCUCACACCUGACCACCAAGGACUACUCCGAGAUGUACAACGUCAUCAUGACUGUUAAGGAAAAACAGUUCUCGGCCCUGGGCCUGGAUCCCUGCCUCCUGGAGGAUGAACUGGACAAGUCUGUACAGGGCACAGGCCUGGCCUUCAUCGCCUUCACUGAGGCCAUGACACAUUUCCCGGCCUCCCCCUUCUGGUCCGUCAUGUUCUUCCUGAUGCUCAUCAACCUGGGCCUGGGCAGCAUGAUCGGGACCAUGGCAGGAAUCACCACACCGAUCAUCGACACCUUCAAGGUGCCCAAGGAGAUCUUCACAGUGGGCUGCUGUGUCUUUGCAUUCUUCGUGGGGCUGUUGUUCGUCCAGCGCUCCGGAAACUAUUUCGUCACCAUGUUCGAUGACUACUCGGCCACCCUGCCACUCACCGUCAUUGUCAUCCUUGAGAACAUCGCUGUGGCCUGGAUUUAUGGGACCAAGAAGUUCAUGCAGGAGCUCACAGAGAUGCUGGGCUUCCGACCCUACCGCUUCUAUUUCUACAUGUGGAAGUUCGUGUCCCCGUUGUUCAUGGCUGUUCUCACCACAGCCAGCAUCAUCCAGCUGGGGGUGUCGCCCCCAGGCUACAGUGCCUGGAUUAAAGAGGAGGCUGCUGAACGCUACCUGUACUUCCCCAACUGGGCCAUGGCACUGCUGAUCACCCUCAUCGCCGUGGCAACCCUGCCCAUCCCUGUGGUGUUCAUCUUGCGGCAUUUCCACCUGCUCUCCGACGGCUCCAACACCCUCUCUGUGUCCUACAAGAAGGGCCGCAUGAUGAAGGACAUCUCCAAUCUGGAGGAGAACGAUGAGACCCGCUUCAUCCUUAGCAAGGUACCCAGCGAGGCGCCCUCCCCCAUGCCCACCCACCGCUCCUAUCUGGGGCCUGGCAGCACAUCACCCCUGGAGACCAGCGGCAAUCCCAAUGGACGUUAUGGAAGCGGCUACCUCCUGGCCAGCACCCCUGAGUCAGAGCUGUGACCACCGCUCCAUUCUGCCCGCCUCCCCUCAAUGCCCAACCUGCCCACUUGGCUGGGCCUGGUCUCUUCCUCCAUGGUAGCCGCCAGACCCAGGCCAGUCCACGGAGAGAGGAUCUGCCCAGCCUUGUUCCCCACCUUGUUCCAAGUCCCAGCAGACUCCCCACCUAUGAGCAGGGGACGGGGGAUAAUUCCAUCCCCUAUUCCAGGCCUCCAACCCAUGUAACUUUUUGAGAACUCUUGCCAAGUUGCAGCCAUGUAACCACAACAACCCCAGUAUGGGGGAACUUCAAGUGGGCACUUUAGGAGUCACCACCCCCUCUCCCUGUGAAACCCACCACUUGCAGUUCUCAGGUCUUGGGGAGGCUCGCGUUGUGCUGUUGGUAUUGGUGGUAGUGGGCAGAGGCUUCAGGGCCGAGGGCAGAGGAGGUAGACUUUAGCCCAGUCUGUCGUCACAACAGAGUGCAUCGUCCUGUCAGCCCAGCAUGGCUGCUGCUGAGCUAAGAUGGGGAUAGUGACACGUGUGUCAGGACUUGGGCUUGUAAGGAAACUCCUCAGUUCCGUCUUAUGAGAUAGGAGGUACCCUCUGGCUUGAGUGAGAACCUGAGCAUUGAAUGGAAUGCUCCACAGCCAGCUCAUGGAAUCUUUGAAAUGACUCUGUUUCUCCUGCCAGGGGCAGAUGGGGUAUGUUCCUGAUUCUGCCUGGAAGCAUGGUGAAAGGAGGGGGUCACCUUAACCAGGGUUUAGCCAUUUUUCGGUCUCCAGUAUCCAGCCUGGAGCCAGGAGCGGUGGUCUUUGCCUCUGUCCCAGGGAGAAAGGGGGCAGCACCAGGCGAGGUUUGCAGAGCACAAGCUGAAAGGCCCCAGCACAACCUAGGUUUGGAGCACAAGUGAAACCCUCUCUUCCGCUCACACCCGGAGCUUGCUUUCCUCUUUCGUGGCAGCUUCUCUCCUGGAAUGGGGGUUCCUGGAGUUCAGGGCCACGUCACCAGGAACCCUCGUUUCUAGGGAAAGACAGGUCAUUUCACUGCCCCUUCCGGCUGCCACUUGCUCUCCCUGUUGCACAAGCACAGCCGCCAGUGUGCACCUCGUGUGAAGACACCUUGGACACUUCCCCAAACUCCCCCAGCCUGUUCAGAGACACAGCACAGGUAAUUCUGGGCAGGAUGCAGGUUGCCGGAAAUGGGAGGCAGUGGCAAAGCAAAGAGCCUCUGGUUUUAGGCCCUGAAGGAAGGUACAGCCUCUGACAAUGUCCCUGUCCCUCUCUCAAAGCUCCCUUGGGAGAGGGCCUGUUUCAGAGCAGCCUGUAAGGACUCAGAAACUGACCUGAGAAUCAGGGUAUCUCUCUGCAGUGUGACCUCAGAGAGAUGGUGUAUGGAUAUAUAUAUCCAUAUAUAUAUGUGUGUGUGUGUGUGUGUGUGUGUGUAUGUGUAUAUAUAUGUAUGACUGGAAGACUAGGAUGGAUGGAUG